AUGAAAGCCUUACACUACAGCUUCUUGUUUGGAAUAUGGCAAAGUGUUCUUUGGGUAGCCUUGGCUGCUGAAGAUGGCAACAUAUUCAAUCAUACCGCUCGAGCUCCAGGUCCGUUUCAAAUUGGCGAGGAAGCACUGCUAACAGUAUCGACGGAUCAUGAAAUAAGUGAAAUUCAGCCAAUGACAAUCAUAAAAGAAAAGAGAGUCAGUCAUACCUACACUGUGUAUCACGAAGGGGCCACCUAUAUUUCGCUUCAUUUUGCAUCAUUGGAUAUUCAAGGCCAGUGCCGAUUGCUAUUAACCGACCUGGUCGGAAAAGAAGCGUUUGCCCUGAGGGGAAAAGGCAAGAGUGGACUAACUUCCUUUUGGGCACGCUUCAUCAAUGGUGACACAGUCGUCUUGUCGGUGACUUGCGCUGGCGACAAUGGUGUAGGGAACUUUCUCAUUGACAAGUAUGCUGCUGGUUUCCGAGAUGUUUCUUCCCCCAGAAAAGAGAUUGAUAGACCAAGCCUUCGCGGAGUUGAGUUGCUUCCGUGGGAGCAAAGAAGGGAUCUGACCAUCUGUGGAGCAGAUGAUCUCCGAAAUUCGCAAUGCUACAGGGAUAGUCAUGCUACCGAAUACAAAAUGGCAAGAUCGGUCGCAAAGAUUAUCAUCAACGGCAGAGGUACUUGCACUGGAUGGCUAAUCGGAAACCAGAAUAUACUAGUUACCAACCAACAUUGCAUUCGGAAUAGUGAAGAUGCCCUCAAUUCGUACGCUGUAUUCAACUUGGAAGUGCAAAAUGGUGGAGGAGAUUGCUCUGGGAGCGGAAAAGACUCAGUUCCGAGCGAUAUUCAAGAUGUCUAUGAAGUGGACUUUUUGAUCGAAGCUAUCAGGCUCCAUGACUAUACUUUAGUGAAGUUGAAAGAUCGACCCACUGCACCAUUGAAAAGAUACGGUUUCCUGGAAACAGAACCAAGAGAUCCUACCAUUGGUGAAGCAAUUUACAUUCCACAGCACCCCAGAGGCCAUGACAAGGCAAUGGCUAUUAUGGAUAGCCAGUAUGGUCAGGAACAACGAUGUCGGACUCUUCAACCGGUGGUGUCGUGCUAUGGCGCCAGUGGGUAUCUCGACGUUCGAUACACAUGCGACACAGAGCCAGGAUCCUCUGGCUCGCCAGUUCUUUCGGUUGAAACGAACAAGGUCAUUGCCCUUCACCAUUGUGGCGAAGCUAACUUAUGUAGUGGGAACGAGGGAGUUCCAAUGACUUUUCUUCACAACCGGUUUGCGAACAAUGCGGAAAUCGGCCUUGAUGGCUCUCUUCCACCCACUCAGCCCACAGAACAAUGUCAGGCCAGCCAAUAUGAAAUGAUAUUGGAGUUGGAAACGGAUCUCUUUGGGUAUGAAACAACCUGGGAGUUGCGUGACAGUAGUGGGGGUCUGAUUGCUGAAGGAGGGAAGGAUGCAUACUUGCGAUCCAACGAAUCUUAUUCGCUCAAGUACUGCUUGGAGGCAGGUACUCACACUUUGACGAUUGAUGAUUCCAGUGAUGAUGGAAUGUGUUGUCAGCAUAAUACUGGUGGCUUCAAUGUGGUUUUCGAAGGUGAAGUUGUUGGCACUGGAGGAGACUUCGGAUCUACCGCAUCCGUCACCUUUGGCUCCAAUUCUCCAUCGGAACGACCAUCGGCUGCGCCGUCAAAAUCGGCUGCGCCAUCAAAUUUCCAGUCUAAUUCUCUGAUGCCGUCAAACACACCUUCAAGUUUCCCAUCAACAACCCCUUCGUUCCUGCCGUCAAAGGUGCCUUCCGCACUGCCAUCUACAGCUCCUUCGGUGGGACCAUCCAAGUUGUCAUCCACAUUUCCUUCCUUGCAUCCAUCACAAAGUCCUAGUACUGAUUCUAGUACUCUGCCUUCUUUGAAGCCAUCUGAGGGUCCGUCCCAGUUACAGUCCUCCGAGCCAACACUGUCGAAUGGACCCUCACACGAGCCGUCCAUUAUGCCGUCCACAAUGCAUCCAUCACAAGGUCCUAGUACUCUGCCUUCUUUGAAGCCUUCUCAGGGUCCGUCGCAGUUACAGUCCUUCGAGCCAACGCUGUCGAAUGGACCCUCACACAAGCCGUCCAUUAUGCCGUCCACAAGCCCGUCCAUUAUGCCGUCAAACACUCCGUCCGUAAAGGCGUCGGACAAGCCGUCUGCGACUCCUUCGCUACAGCCCUCUAUCCAGCCAAGUGUUUCCCCAUCCAGUCAGCCCUCGCAAACUCCCUCCAUUAUGCCUUCAGCUACUCCAUCGGCGAAGGCGUCGGACAAACCAAGCACGAUUCCAUCGUUCUACCCUUCAAAGAACCCAUCCUCGACGCCUAGCUCGGGACCCUCAGACCUUCCUACAUCGGGUCCGACUCCCAUUCCCACAUCUGGACCAACUAGCAAACCUACACCUGUGACUUCCUCCAACCCAACAUCUGGACCAACCCCUUUGCCUACAGCGGGUCCCACAACAUCGGGUCCCACAUCAGAUCCGACAUCUGGGCCUACCCCCAUACCUACUACACUUAGACCUUCGUCAAGCCCCACAGAGCGACUGGUAAUUGGUCCUCCCACGAACCCACCCGUCUUUAAUUUCAUUACUCCUUCCAAUGGAGUGGGAUUUGAUGGGCCCCGCGAAGCACCCAAUGCUCCCCAACCUCCAGUGAUUGUGGAAUCACCAAAUUUCUUCCAACCGCCAAGUUAA